AUGGCGCUCCGACCCGCCGGGCUAGACAUCAUGCGGGCCCUGUGUCGCCGCGACGCAGCCCACUUGGUGCGCGUCGGCCUCGUCCGCCCGUUGUCUUCUUCGUCUUUCCGCUCUGGCCUCUUCUCUCGCAAGUCCGACAAAGACGUCGCCGCUCCCGUCUCCGACUCCUCCGUACCGAACAUCACUGCCCAGGACCUUGCCAACGCUCAGGCCCACCCCAUUGACGGCCAGCCCCUCACCGACUUCCAACGCCGCAUCGCAGCCCUCGAGACUGACGCUCUUGAAUCCCGCUCCAGCUCCGAUCCUAAGCUCCAGAUCGCGCUCCUCCGCGCCCUCGCCGAAGGUGGCGAGAACAACGGAGUGUGCAAGUAUUACGAGGCCGUCGCCUUCGCUGAGCCUGGCUCGCCCGAGGGCUCCGAUGCGCUCCUUCGCUCCAACGAGGCGUUCGAGCUCUACUCGCACGCUCUCGCGUACACUGGUCGCCUCGGUGAGGUAGCGUCUGCCACGCGCCACCGCGACGAGCGUAUCGGCGCGCCUGUGGCCUCUGCCUCCGACGUUUUAAGACAUGUUACCAGCGCCACCGGUGCCGCUGCCGGUGUCGCGUCCACCUCCGCUGCUGCCUCUUCUGCUGCCACCCACCCGCCGCCGGCCUACGCUUCUGCCACCCCGUCCGCUCCUCCGUCAACUGGUUCAUACCCUCCGCCUCCUCCUCCACCACCUUCCCCGCCCACAGGCGCGGCCACGGGUGCCACGACUGGCCCCGGCUCACCGCUCCAGCCUAUCUAUGUCCAGCUCGCCCCGAACUCGCCCCAGACCAACACAUGGCGCGUCCUCCGGUACCUCCUCGGUUUGCUCUUCUGGGGUUUCGUCAUCUUCACCAUCAUCUCGAUGGUCAUGGAGAACACUGGCUUGCUCAAGGCCGGGCCCGGCCCCGCCGAGUUUGAGCCAGAGGAGGGUAAGGCUGUCAAGUUUGCCGACGUCCACGGUGUCGAAGAGGCUAAGCAGGAGCUCCAGGAGAUUGUCGAGUUCCUCAAGAACCCCGAGAAGUUCUCGACCCUGGGCGGCAAGCUUCCCAAGGGUGUCCUGCUUACUGGCCCGCCCGGUACGGGUAAGACGAUGCUCGCUCGCGCCGUCGCCGGCGAGGCCGAGGUUCCCUUCCUUUUUGCUUCUGGCUCGUCGUUUGACGAGAUGUUUGUUGGUGUUGGCGCCAAGCGCGUACGCGAGCUCUUCGCGGCUGCCCGCAAAAAGGCGCCGGCCAUUGUGUUCAUUGACGAGCUCGACGCGAUUGGCUCGAAGCGCUCCUCCAAGGACCAGCAUUACAUGAAGCAGACUCUCAACCAGCUCCUCGUCGAGCUGGACGGUUUCGAGCAGAGCGAGGGUGUCAUCAUAAUUGCUGCUACCAACUUCCCUCAGUCUCUUGAUAAGGCCCUCACCCGUCCUGGUCGUUUCGACCGUCAUGUCGUCGUUCCCCUCCCCGACGUACGCGGGCGUAUCGAGAUCCUCCGCCACCACAUGACCAAGAUCAAGCUCGCGCCGAACGUUGACCCUGCUGUCAUUGCUCGCGGUACCCCCGGUAUGAGCGGUGCGGACCUCUCCAACCUCGUCAACCAGGCUGCGGUCAAGGCUGCGCGUCACAACGGCCAGGAUGUGACUCUCGAUGACUUUGAGUGGGCCAAGGACCGCAUACGCAUGGGCGCCGAGCGCCGCUCGCACUUUGUCACCGAGGAGGCCAAGAAGGCCACUGCGUACCACGAGGGUGGACACGCGCUCGUUGCACUCCACACCCCUGGCGCGGACCCACUGCACAAGGUCACGAUCAUGCCCCGCGGACGUGCGCUCGGGAUCACGUUCCUCCUUCCCGAGAUGGACAAGGACUCGCGCAACCGCAAGGAGUACCUUGCAAUGAUUGACGUUGCCCUGGGCGGUCGCGCUGCCGAGGAGCUCAUCUAUGGUGAGGACGGCACCACGUCGGGUUGCUCGAGCGACCUGGUGAAUGCCACCAACGUCGCGACUCGCAUGGUCCGGACAUUUGGCUACAGCGACAAGAUUGGUCUGGUUGCGCACGGCGACGACCAGUCGCGCUUCCUUUCGGACCAGACCAAGGACCUGAUCGAGAGCGAGAUCAAGAUUUUCCUGGACGACGGUAUGACCCGCGUGCGCCACCUCCUCAAGACGCGCGAGGACGAGCUUCACACUCUUGCUGCCGCUCUCAUCGAGUAUGAGACGCUCAAUCUGGACGAGGUCAAGCAGGUGCUGCGCGGCGAGAAGCUUAACCGGCCCGGCGCGUCGGGUAGCGCGCUUCGUACCAAGGCGGAGGAACAGGAAGCGCUCGACAAGGCUCUCGACGGCAAGCCGGUGUCAUCCGGCAAUGGCCUUGUCCCUCAGCCUAUUCCUGUGUCCCAAGACGCCACGCGCGAAGUGUAG